AUGGUUUCUGCAGCCGUUACCAAAUCCACUAAACCUAUCAGGUCUAAGUCGAAGACUGCCAAGUUGGGUAGCAAGACUACCAGCGCCAAGGCGGCCGUGUCUCAUCCCUCCUGGAAAGAUAUGAUUCAGGAAUGCAUAACCGAACACCGAGAAGAAGCGCGUUCUGGUGUGUCACGCUCAACAAUUAAGAAGUAUAUCACGGAGAAGUAUCGUAUCGAAAUCGAAGGUACCAACGCAUCUCAACUCAAUCGCGCCAUUGCGCAUGGCGCCAAGGUGGGUCUGUUUGCCUUGCCGAAGGGUCCUUCUGGCAAGGUCAAGAUGGCUCCUAAGAACAAACUUUCGCAUGUCAAUGAGAAUACACAACCGGUAGUCAUGAAGAAAGCGUCUGCACCGAAAGCAGCUGUAUCGGCUAAGAAGUCUGCCAUCAAACCAUCUACAGCAUCAGUCAAAAAGUCGAAAGCCAUCACAAAGUCAACGAAGAAAAUCACUAGCGCGAAGGCCGCUACUAAGAGGCCUGCGGUCAAAGCAGCCGCAGCAAAAGUAGCGACGACGAACUCUAGGGCUGUCAUCAAGCCGAGAGGAAGACCCAAGAAGGUGGAGGCGUAA